GUUUCUCAUAUAACGUUGCAGCAAUAACGAUGGUGUCAAGGCAAUACCUCGUAUCUCCAUUUUUUGAUAAAUUUGAAUUACCCGCUAUAGACAAAGAGCUAGAGAGCAUGAUAGUGCUGAACAAUCAAACGGUUCCUUUUUGGCUUGCAUUUACCCAUAAUUCCCGCUCAAAUUCGUGCAAUACCUCGUAUCUCUAAAAAUAUGGCGUCUUCUGUAGAGUGGUUAUGUGAUGUUGAUGCUUUAACGCAGAAAAAUAAGAUCAAAAAUUGCAAGAUGCGUGGCAAAAAAAUAUUGGAAAUGUGCCAAGCUGCGUCCUUGUCAAGCACAAAUAUUUCUCCAACUCAAGAGCAGCAAACUAUGGAUUUUGAAAAAUUAAUAGACCAAGCAGAGAUGGUAUUCGAUAAUACAGACAAUAAUGUGGAUAGCAGAGAAAAUUUAGAGGAACCACGUAGUCCUAAAUUCAGAUUUUCUCGAACUACAGAAUAGCACUAUAUCACACGCUUUCGAACUAGCAGUAGCCGGAAAUCUGAACGAUGGUUCUCCUACUACAAGUAUGCCUGAAAAUUGAGACACCAACCAACAUAAAAUAGUGCCAUUUUCUGUACAGAAUGUAAUCCAUGACAUCAGCCUAGAUGCUAUAAAUAAUCACUCAGUAAUAGGUUCCUCAAGUGUGUUUGCCGAUCAAAAUGGUGUUUUAGAAGAGACAGGGGUACAGUGGGAUAUCAUUUCCGCUGAAGAUACACCUAUUCAUAUAAAUCAAAUUUCAAUGUGUCAUUCCAACAGAAGCUCUUCGGCAGUGGAAGACGUAGGAACAAAUCCACCAAUUAUCAUCAACAAUAAUUUCAGUUCACAGUCUGGGUCCAAACGUAAAAGAAAUAAGGAACUUAGAAUGAAGGGUAUGGUUUAUACAGGAUUUAGGCGACCACGAAAUAAAAAAGAACGUUUCAAGAUAUAGAAAGAGAAGAGCGGAAACAAGGCGAAAGGUGUAACUCAGAAACCUGUAAGAACAGCUCAAAAAGAAAAUGUAAUGAAAUCAGAGAAGAAGCACGAAAAGAAAUUUUUACAGCUUUUUGGAAGAACCUGAGUUGGGACCAAAGGAAGGUAUAUGUCUGCAACCUUGUUUCAAGACAGGAGACGUCUAGAAAAACAAAAGAUGAAAAUUCUCGACGUUCCUGCUCCCUAUAUUAUAGCUUGAAUGUUGGUGAUAAGCUUAUACCCGUCUGUAAAAAAAUGUUUUUGGGAACUCUGGGGCUUGGGGAAUGGAGUGUAAAGAGCUGGGUGGAGACAUCGCAUUACGGUAGACCUUCCAGUGGAGCAGAAACUAACAGUCGUAGAUUACCCAGAAAAUCCCAAAAUGAUUCAUUUAUAACAACAUUUCUAGAAAAAUUGCCAAAGCUUCCUAGUCACUAUUGUCGCAAAGACACUACAAAGUUGUACCUUGAACAUGAGUUUUCUAGUUACUCAGACUUAUAUAAAGCUUUCGUGAAUUAUUCAAAAACACAAAACACAGCACCAGCCAGUAGAAAUACAUUAAUAAAGUGGGUACAUAAAAAGAAUAUUGGUAUAUUCAAGCCUCGCAAGGAUCGGUGUGAUACAUGUGUACAGUAUGAAUCUCAAAAUCUAAGCCUAGAAGACUGGGAACAACAUAGAACAGACAAAGAGAGAGCUCAAAAAGAAAAAAAUGAUGAUAAAGAAAAAGCAAUGCAGUCUGUCAUGUUAUUACAGUAGAUCUGCAAGCCGUUAAAACUUGUCCUUAUUUACAAGCGAGUUCGCUUUUCUUUAAAACUAAGCUUGUAUGCCAUAAUUUUACUGUAUACGAUCUAGCUACAAAUCAAUGUACUUGCUAUUGGUUCACUGAGCUGGACGCAGAUCUUCAAGCGUCCACGUUUGCAUCACUUCUUGUAGACUAUUUAACAAAAAAGUAUCUUCAAAAUGCAGCCCACAUAAGACCAAUAAUAAUUUAUUCUGAUGGUUGCACAUAUCAGAAUAGAAACAGUACCAUGGCAAAUGCUCUGCUUAGUCUAUCACGCCAAUAUAAUGUGCAAAUAACUCGAAAGUUCUUGAUUAAAGGUCAUUCUCAAAUGGAAUGUGAUAGUGUUCAUGCUGUUAUUGAAAGAAAGCUAAAAAAUAAGAACAUCGAAAUACCAAUAUCGUCUUACUGGAGAAGCGCGUCAAAACCCAUUUCCUUAUGAAGUCGUAACUCCAGAUUUUACUUUUUUCAAAAACUAUAGUGCCGAUUUGGUCUACUAUUCAAUCCGCCCUGGUAAAAAAUCCAAUGAUCCGACAGUCACGCAGAUAAGGGCACUGCAGUAUGAACAAGGCUUGAUAACAUACAAAAUUAAUUUCGACCAAGAGUUUGCAGAAUUACCUCAUCGUCCAAGAAGGACCCCAAACGACAUAAACCAAUUUCUCCAAUUGUUUGAGCACAAACUGCCAAUUGCAAAGAAGAAAUACGAUCAUUUACAAGAAAUAAAAACCAAAAUUUGUCAAAAUUAUUGGCCAUUUUAUGACAGUUUACCUUUCAAAUAGGUUUUUGUUAUUUUUAUAUUUCCUUGUUUCCUG